AUGUCAGGGAUCUCAUGGUGCUGGAGGGUUGGGCCGGAGCUGUCAGCCUGUCACGGGAAGGAAAGCGGAUUAAAACAUGGAGUACCAGGGGUGGAUUUAUGGAGGAAAUCAUGUCAGUUGAACGCCGUUUGUGCGGGCCCCACGCUGCUCCUGGAUAUGGCUCACCGCGGCGCCUGUAUCUUGGCACAUGGCCGUUGCCCCCGGCGACGGCGGCGUGGCGAGCAGAGAGCUGACGCGUGUAACGACAUGUCACAUGUUAGGAACACGCCAGAGCUGAGAGCGUGA